CUGCGGUAGAGUAUAAUUAGUUGAUUUCAGGAUUAGUUAGAUACUGUGUUGAACUAGCUAACUAUUGUUGUUAAGACGAAGCUUUUUUACCGUUAUGUAUAUGGCACAUUUCUGUUGUAAUUAUGGAUUUGUAUGGAGGCAUAUGUUGCUUAAUGCAGAUUGUUUGUCCCUCAUACAAAUCUGUCAUCUCUUCUUCAUUUGCACUUUCGAGUUCAGCUAUCCCUCGAGAUGGCAGAUAAGAACUUUCUGUUAUUCUUGUUCAUAACACUCUGUACGGUCAUUACAUGUGAUGGGAGUGUAUCCCUAUCUGCUCCAGCCACUGUAAAUCUGGAGGAGAAAAGUUCAGCCAAUAUCACCAUAACGCCUAGCUCUCCUCAGAGUGUCUCAGCACUCAUUAUUUUUAACUUCACUGACUCCUCCGCAAAUGUUACCUCAAUACUUCAACUGCCUCAGCAGGUAGAGUUGCCUGCAAACGCCACAUCAAGCACUUUUGAGGUUCAUGCAGAACAUGUGGGUCAGGUGACAGCCUAUUUAUACAGCAACAACACUGGCAUUGCAAGCCAUAAGACCCGAAUCCGUUUCUUGGUCAUUAGAAGCAACAUCGUUGAUAUCAUUAACCAAGUAAUUGGUUGGAUUUACUUCCUAGCAUGGUCUAUAUCAUUCUACCCUCAAGUAUAUGAGAACUGGAGAAGGAAAAGUGUGGUGGGGCUGAACUUUGAUUUUCUGGCACUCAACUUGACAGGAUUCAUUGCCUACAGUGUCUUCAAUGUAGGCCUCUUCUGGGUUCCGUACAUGAAGGAAGAGUUUUUGAAGAUAAAUCCAAAUGGUGUAAACCCAGUGGAUGCCAACGAUGUGUUCUUCAGUCUCCAUGCAGUUGUGCUGACUCUUGUAUAUGUCUCUCAGUGUGCCAUCUAUGAAAGAGGAGGGCAGAAGGUGUCCAAGAUCGCUAUUGGCCUUCUGGUGAUUGGUUGGACGUUUGCCCUGGUCACCCUCUUUGUUGCUGUGGCCCGUAAGAUCACCUGGCUGGAAUAUCUCUACUAUUUCUCUUACAUCAAGCUAGGUGUCACCCUCGUCAAAUACAUCCCACAGGUCUACAUGAACUACCAAAGACAAAGCACAGAGGGGUGGAGCAUUGGCAAUGUGUUGCUGGACUUCACAGGAGGCAGCUUCAGUCUCGUUCAGAUGUUCCUUCAGUCGUAUAACAACGAUGAAUGGAAGCUCAUCUUUGGGGAUCCCACAAAGGCAGGACUUGGCUUGUUCUCCAUAUUCUUUGAUGUGGUGUUCAUCAUUCAGCAUUACUGUCUGUACAGACAAAAACCACAUUAUGAGCUUGUGGAUGACCAGGAAUAGGCUAAUUACCUUUUACUCUUUACCUCUGCCAGUGAGACUGAGUCCAAAUGAUUUACUGAAGGACUAAUAUAAGGGCUUUCUUCUAUGCAGUGUUCCCAGUCAUUGAAUGGGAAGCUAUUUAGACACAGGGGGGCCAUACUUUCUCCGUCUCAAAAUGCGUCAACCAAUUAAAAUCGUUGGCGUAGUUGCACGUGAUCAAACACUGUUGGUGCUUUCAAGACAACUGGGAACUCUGGGAGUUGGGGGGAAUGAGGUUGAAUCAUGACAUCAGUGCUCUAUCAACAGGUCGGAAAGUCAAAGCUCUAGAAAGAGGCUAGAGUUCCCGACUUGGAAUUCCGAGUUGGAUGACUGCUCAAAAUACAUUUUCCCAGUCGUAGAUAGCCUCCCCCCCUCCAGUAAGCAGUUGUCUUGAACGCUCGGAAGUCUGAGAUAUUCCAGGUCCCAGUUGUUUUGAACGCGGCGUUAAUGUUAGACGUUCCCUUCAGAUAACCUGUCAGAUUUAGGUUGCGUUCCAAACACUUAAACGACACACCCCCAAAUUAAGUGGACACUUCUGAUGACGUAUUAUUACGUCUGAUGAGUUGACACCUGCAGGGCAAGGGAAGAAUGAAUUAAUUUUAAAUGGACUGCUCUUGCCCGGAAAUGUGUCACUCGUUCAUCCCACGGUUGUGUUUUCAGUCAUCAUGGAACUGUUGAAUGUGCCUUAUAUGCUCUACAGUCAAUUAUGAUUGCAUUUCAUAUCUUGGCUAGAAGACAACGCCUCCGCAGACAUUGAAUGUUAGCCAUCCUACUAUAUCCGGUAAAUCGAAAAUUACAAUGUAUAAGUGUGAUGUCAGGGAAAGUUAUAUGCGCAAGCAAACGUUUCCAAAACCCAAACAAACAACAUAAUGAAUUGUAUGAGAAGUGUUUGAGCCGUCAUGUGCAUUAGUAGCACAAUUUCUAACUUAUUUACAUUUGUUUCUACUUACACUUGUAUGUUGACUUCUCCAUAUUAAUGUUGGUUUUGGCUGACUUUUCUUAGUGGAUGUACAAUCAUCGCGAAUUGAAUAUGGGGCUUUUCAAGCCCCGGAGUGAACAAAAUUGUACACUCGCAAACUCGACCAAAAGCGAGGGCAGAAGGGCUUACGUUGCCAACUCCCCUUGCUUGGCUAAUCAUUUGGACCGACGACAAAGAUGGCUGCGGGGAUUCCCCCAAGUUAAAUAAAGGUUACAUUUUUUACCCAAAAAAUGUAACGUGCAUAAGUGGUGGAGGGUGUUUCUUUUAUGGGUUUGAAGCGCAAGGCUAAGGUUACGUUAACUUGCACAGCAGGCCCGUGAUCAUAUCUGGUUCAAAUGUUGUAUCGGUCGUUGACGUAGUUGGACCUGAGCCAACACUUUUUCAUGAAAGUGUACUUAAAAGUCCAACGACACGUUCUGAUAAUCAAAGCAACUAGAUCACGUGUGUUUGACUGACUGGUCAAAUAGCUCUCUGUGUAGAGUGCCAACUCCACGUAAUUGUUGCAGAUUGUGGCAAGGAUUUGAAUCUCAUGAGUUUAUUUUCCCCCUUUUGAAAUGCAGAAUUAUCAAAUAAAACUAAUAUUUUAUUAAAGUAAUGUUGAUAAGUGAUAAGCAGUAAUGGGCAGUCACUACCAUCAUGGCACUUGUAUUAGUUGUUUUAUUCUGUGUUACAGAAUUCAACCCACAUAUGCACUUAAUGUAUACAAACAUAAUAAUAUGGAAACCGAAAUCGAAAAAGUGAUUGUUUUCAGAAUCAAACCUGAAACCGAACCGACCUUAAAACACAUCCUUCAGCACUAAUAUAUGUGUAGGCUACACUUACGUUUUAUAUGCAUUAUUAUAAUCAUCCACUUCGUCACAAAUGCAUUAUUUGAAUCUAGCGUUGAGGACCAGCAAUUAAGUGUUUUUCUUAACAAAAAUGCAUGACGCAAGGUGGGCUUGAACCCAUGGUUUAUGAGCACUGUCAUUUUAGCGUCAACAGUGUGUGCCACCAGGACCGAAUAAUGACGGUACAUGACAGCUAUUUGACAAGUCCAUAAGGCUUUUCAACUUUUUUUAACAAUAUAUGAUACACUUUAAAUAUUGCAUAGACCUCUUAUCUUUUUUUUCCUGUAAAAGCACAUUGAUGUGUGCGAAAACUUGGGAUUUGUCAUAUAUGAAAACGUGCCGUUUGAAAUGUGUCUAAUAUUAGUAGCGUAGUCAAGGAUGCAUCAUGUACAAUUGGGGCACUAUACUUGAAACAUACCAAGCAGAAUUUGGAGGUUUAAAAUAUCCUUCCGGUGGCCAUUUUGACCUAUUUUAAGAAAUGCCAUUGGUUGGUAACGUUGAUAGGCUGAUGCAGAUUUUGUUAUAGGAAAUAAUCACUGCCAGCUGCUCAGGUUAGCAUAGGGCUAAAUGUGUCAGGUUAUGUAAUGGGAACAGCUAACGUGUAGCGUUUUAUCACGUGCAACUACAUCAACGAUUUUAAUUCGCCAAUGCACAUUUUGAGAAACUUGCUUUUUAAGCAAAGGCCCGUUUUAAACUUUUUUCUGUUUGCAAGUAUGCCUCCAGGGCCUUUGCUUAAAUAACAUUCAAAUGAUUGUAGGAUAAUAGGGAUUUCAUUGUGUUCCAUAAAUUAUGGUUUGAUACCACUAAGGGAGGAACUGUAGUUUUUUUUUUAAACUGACGAGUAUAGGCCUUGAACUUGUAAAUCUGUCAAAGCAAUGGCUCACUUUUUGCAAUACAAUACGACUGUUUUUUAGUUUUGUUAUUUUUUUGUUAUUUUUUUUCUAUAUUUGAAAGAUAAUUGUUACUUUGAAAUAGACAGAGAACAUGAUGCUUUAUUGUCAAAUUAAUAAAAUAUUUUCAAUUUAA